CGUCUCCCUCCUUCUCUCUCUCUCUCUCUCGGAAGGAAGAAACUAUCAUUUCUCUCUCAAAAAUUUCACUCCUCCCUUUGAAUUUAUAAAUUCCUGACAGCAUUCAGUCCGUUGAUCUCUCUCUUCCUCCCUCCCUCCCUCUCUCUCUCUCUCUCUCUCUCUCUUCCUGUUCUCUUCACCUUCCCCAAUUCUCGCUUUCACUUGCCUUAUUAUCUUUGGGCUUGGCGUUUGCUAUCCUUCACGAAAGCUUAGGGUUUCGCUUCGACAAGAAAAAAAUUACACAACAGUCAUCAGGGACCGAGCUUCCAAGGUGUGGUAGGAUUGAAGGACCCUUUUGUCAAUCUGAUUAGGGCAUAGACGUUUUCUAGGGAUUUUCUGCCGAAUUUUGCUGUUUCUGUUAUCUUCACCAGCUAAAUAUGAGUGCCUGUUGUUCAGAUUAUAGAACUUUAGCCUUAGGGAAUCGAGAAUUGUUCGUGUCUGUGUUGUACAGCACAUUCUGUAGGUAGUAUUAUUAGUGUGUUGAGGUGGUGAGGAUCGGGGAUUCUGUAAGAUGACUGAUUUCCAGCCACUGCAACAAAAACCUGAAUCCACCAAUGACGCCCAUGCUGAUUUCGAGUGUGGAUUGGAGGAAUUUAUGCGUGGUCAUUUGGACGAAUGCAUGUCAUUUGCAUCGUGCAGCUCAACUCGCAUGCCUGAUGACGACGACGAUGAUGGGGACCAGCUGGUUCGGACAAGGCGGAGGUCUGAUCUUGAUGGCGAUGACCUGGCUGAGUCAUCAGCAGCGCGAAGGCGGCGCUCACGAAUUUUGAGCCGGUGGGCUGCGAGGCAGGCCCAAGAGAUGAUUACAACAAUUGAGAGGAGGAAUAGGGAGUCUGAGUUGAUGGCACUAGCGGGCCUGCAUACUGUGUCAAUGCUGGACUCGUCAUUCUUGAGGGAGACCCAGUCGCCCACUUCAAGGAGACAGGGCAACGUCGAGCGGCCCAGCACCCGAGCAUCUGCCAUUUUGCAGAUGUGGCGGGAGUUGGAGGAUGAGCAGUUGCUCAAUCGAGCACGUGAGCGGGUGAGGGAAAGGUUGAGGCAUCAGAGGAGUGUCGAAUCUAAUACAGAUGUAUCUGGCACAAACAGGGCUGAGAGUAGGGCGAGCGAGAAUCAGGGGAGUGUUGGGGAUGUGACUGAGAGUGAGAAUGAGUAUGGUACUUGGUCUCAUGACCAGAUGGUAUCCCAAAAUGAUCAUGGAGAUACUAAUGGGUCGAGCAGGGAGCAAUCUCCUGAUUUUGGUGAUGUUGAUAGGGAGAGGGUGAGGCAUAUAGUUCGGGGUUGGAUGGAGAGUGCCAUUAGUGACCACUCUCCAAGUGUGACGCAGCGGAGCAACAGUCCCAGAGCAGAAUGGCUUGGGGAAACAGAACGUGAAAGGGUGAGAAUAGUUAGAGAGUGGAUGCAAAUGACAAGUCAGCAGCAGAGAGGAGCUCGUGGUGGUCAGAGGGAAGAUCAGGCUGCAGCUGCUCAAGCUGAUCAAGUUCGUGAAGGGGCAGUUGCUGACCACGAUGAAAGCCAGCCGGAGCAUAUUCGCAGGGACAUGCUAAGGUUACGUGGAAGACAAGCUAUAGUCGAUUUGCUUGUGAGAGUUGAGAGGGAAAGGCAGAGAGAACUACAGUCUCUGCUUGAGCAUCGGGCGGUCUCUGAUUUUGCUCAUCGAAAUCGAAUUCAGUCAUUACUCAGAGGUAGAUUCUUGCGAAAUGAAAGGCCUGUUGAAGAAGAAAGGCCACCUUCGAUGGCUGCCAGUGAAUUAGUUCAGCUGAGACAGAGGCAUACUGUGUCUGGUUUGAGGGAAGGGUUCCGCUCCAGAUUAGAGAAUAUUGUUCGUGGUCAAGCAACCACUCAGCCUGAGACGUCUUUGGAUAGUAACAGCAAUGAUUCCAGAAAUGAUAGGGUCCUGGCCACUCCUCAGAAUGUCCAACGGGACAAUCAUGAGCUGUUGCAGCCUACAACUGAGGAAAGUGACACCAUGCACUUGGAUCAGACUGCAGUUAUGGAAAACAGUGAAAUUGCUGAGAGAAUUGACCAAGAAGAAACUGAUGAACAUGGAGGGGUCUGGCAGGCAUUAAAUUCUGAAGAUGAAAGAAGAGACUGGCAGCAGUCAACUUAUGGGCGAUUGACUGAAGAAAGGAAUGGCAAUUCCGAAGAUGGAGAUCGAAAUUGGCAGGAGAAUCCUGUUAGUAAUUGGCAACAUGCAGUUACUGGCAAUGCAGAGCAGGAAGGACAUCUGCAGCAAAACCAGGGGAAUUGGAAUGAGGAUGUCCCUCGAGAAGCUGCUGGAAAUUGGGCAGAAGGCCCUUCAGGUCCUCCCAGAGCUCGCCGUGCUUUCCAUUUCAGGAGAUAUAAUAGGUUUCAUCCCCCUGAUGAUGAUAAUGUCUACAGUAUGGAACUCAGAGAACUUUUAAGCAGGAGGAGUGUUUCGAAUCUUCUUCGAAGUGGUUUCCGAGAAAGCUUGGAUCAACUGAUACAGUCAUAUGUGGAGAGGCAAGGACGGGCUCCAAUUGACUGGGAUCUGCAUAGAAACUUGUUAUCUCCUAGUCCUGCUUCACCUGAGAGGGAGCAGGAAAUGCAGAGGAAUGAACAAAUGGACGAUGCGAUCAACAGACCUUCGAUGGCUCUUCCAACGCCACCUGCACCUCCUCCUCAGCCACUCUGGCACCAGGGUUUACAUCACAGUGGCUGGACCCGCCAAAGCAUGCAUCGAUCAGAAAUUGAAUGGGAAACGAUCCAUGACCUGAGGGCUGACAUGGCAAGGCUGCAGCAAGGUAUGACUCACAUGCAGAGGAUGUUGGAGGCAUGCAUGGAUAUGCAACUCGAGCUGCAGCGCUCAGUGAAGCAGGAAGUUUCUGCUGCUCUGAACCGAUUCCCCGGGGAAAAAGGUAUAGGGGCAGAGACGUCUGAAUAUGGAUCAAAAUGGGGACAUGUUAGGAAAGGGACCUGUUGCGUUUGCUGUGAUAGUCAUAUCGAUUCUCUCUUAUACAGAUGUGGUCACAUGUGCACGUGCUCGAAAUGCGCAAACGAGCUGGUUCGAGGUGGUGGGAAGUGCCCUUUGUGCAGAGCUCCAAUCGUUGAGGUCAUUCGAGCAUACUCCAUACUGUAAGUAAAGAAAGCUGUAAAGUUCUAAAAUUGAUAAUAGAAUAGAAGCAGCAAAAGAUCGAGAGGAGGAACUGCCCGAUUCUUCUUCUAAAUGGGAAGGAAGGAGUUGAACUCUUUGGAUCUUUACCUGUGGAGUGGGGCGUUGAGUUGUCGCUCCCUGUUUCUCUGAUUAUAUGUGGAACAACCUGAAAUGUAUAUCUGAAAAUAACAGUAGGCAUGGCCACUAAUUCUUCAUUCUUCGUAAAUAAAAGUUCUGCAAGAAAUUCGUCUGUGAGCUUUUCUUCA